GCUACUAUUGAAGAUCUACUGAAGAAUCACAAAAUCCAAGAUUUCCUUCCACUUUCUAUAAAUUUUCAACUGCCAAAGAGAGACAUUUUCAGCUAUGUGAGAGUAAAGAGCUACUUGGAUAACCAUUUGGUUACUGAUAAGUCCAAUAAAAUUGUUUAACUAGAGAAAAUGCUUAAGACUGACACAAUGAAAAGACUAGCUGAAGAUUCUUUAAUAUUGAUAAGUGAGAAUGUAGAUACAACUCUCCAACUGGUUAUUAAAAAUGGGGACAAGAAUUAAAAACCAAAAUUGAUUAAAGAGUGAAUUGAGUCUAUAUGAUUGGUAAAUAAAAAAGUGCACAGUCUUAAUUUGGUGGACACUAUAAAAUAUUAAACAGGUAGUACUUAUUUCUUAGUAGAUUAGAAAUGAUAUACCAAAAUUGUAUGGAUAGAUGUUGGAAAUGUGAAAUAGAUGAAGAAGGAUUGGCCCAUAUUUGGUGGGACUGCCAACCACUUCAAAUGUUUUAGUAUAUGAUUUAUAUUAAAAUACAAAAAUUGCUUAAUGGACCCUUUAUAUGCAAGUUAUUUCUACUCCAUAUUACAUUUAUAUAACUUCUUUGGCUCUUAUUCUUUUAUAGUUAUUCAUAUUCUGACUGCAGUAAAACUAAUGGUGAUUAGAAAAGUGAGGUGACGCCAUGCUGGCCUUUAGUUAAAAAGCAGUUGUUAUACCAAAUAAGGAUGGAGAGGGGUAUUUAUAUAAUAUAUUAUAACUAUAAAUACUGGUUGUAGCAAAUUGCAAAGUUAUGAGGGAGACCACACUCCUGACCAAGUCAAAUCCUAUUUUUUUCCUCUAAUGUAAGACUUGACAUGAAUGCACUUGGGACCAUUCCCUCCCCUACUCCCCAUCUGCGCAGGUAAAUGACUAAUGUUGUAUGUACUUAUGUUUUUAUCUAUUUUUGUCUGUUUAUCUAUAAAUAAAUGUAAAAAAAUUUGAUUCAAUAUGCAAACUUUUAUGUAUGUGUCAUUUUAAAAAACUCAAAAGAUUUAAAAUUAAAAAAUAUAUAUAAAGUUGAAUUAAAAAACAAACAAAAAAAAAAACAAAAAAGGUUUGGUAGCAAAAAAUUCCCCCCCCCCAAAAAAUACCAAACAAUUAUAUAUUAUGUGCAUUGCAAAAAAUUUGCAUAGAUACAUUUUUAGAACAUGCUGGUUCCUUAACAAACCUUUUUGACAUGUUUUUACCCUAUAUUAUUCUAGCCUAUAGGUCCGUACUCUGUAUCAAAGGCUGCAUUACUCUGUUUGACCAAAGUUAUGGCUGAUUCGCUGCGUCCCAUGAACAUAAGAGUAAAUGGUCUGGUUCUGGGACUGAUAAAUACUACAUUUAGUGAGAAGGUAAGUGUAAUUAUUUCUAAAAUGUGUGCUGUAGAGUGAACUCUGUGGUUAUAAAACGUACUGAGAAUCAUGAUCACAAGUAUAUGUUUUUCAAAUGGGCUAAGCUAUCAUUACAGAAACAGGACUGGGUUUAGACAACCUAAAUAAGGUUCUUUGAUAUACAAUUUAGUUUUUAUUUUCUAGGAAGCCAUUCCAAACUGUAUUCUUCUAAAACCGUAACCUGGAACUUCGAUCAAUAUUCUGCAUUUCAGGGCCUUGUUUUUGUAACCUUACUACUUACUAAUAUGAGAGUUCUAAUUCCCAGUGGGACUCAACAUGCUUAUUAGCGCACCCUCUCAGAAUUGGCCAAAUCAGCAGCUGAAUAAUAGAUGUUGUUAUUAUUACCCAAUUGAUGAUAUUCAUUUAUUGACCUCGGAAGGAUGAAAGGCUGAUAUGAAACUGGGCUCUGUAGUCAGAGCAUUUAAUGACAUGGGAUUUAAAGUUUAAACUUUUGUAGUUUACAGUCUGCUUGAAUUAGAAUACUUUAGCUCCUACUCUAGUAAUAGCCUGCUAGAGCCCGCAUGAACCUCCUGUGUGUAAUUCAAUUUGAAUUUACAGAGCAAAAGCUAUAAAUGUCUAAAAAGGAACACACUAUGCUGAUUAAAAAGAAACCAUUUUUUCAUGUUGGCUGUGUGAGGCACAGACAGGGGAGGAGUGGCUCAAGCUUCAUAAAAGAAAUAUUUGACUCCUGAAUUAAACAGAGAAUUGAACAGUGAGACUGCAGGUGAAUCAUGUACAUGCUAAAACUGCUUUAUUAAGCUAAAGUUGAUUCGGUGCUUAGAUAAUUCCUUUACAUUUCAAAUUCUCUCUAAAUUCACUUUGAAUUCUCACUUUAGUGAAUAAAUCAGAUAGUUCUCCAGGUUCUAUAACUCUUUAAUAUACUUGGGAAAUUCCAUGAAGUACUGGAAAUAUUCGGCUUUAAUACCCUUAGGAUGACAUAUAAUAUCCUAGAGUUUGAGCUAGUAUGGUUAAAUUCCUCUGUCAACAGGAGCCAAACUUAGUGGCCCAAAGCUGACUAAUUUGAUGCAACAAGCAUCCAUUUAAAAUAAUGUGGUUGUCACUUAUGUUGCCUAGGCUUUUAUAAUGGAGAUCAACAUUGACUAAAUAGACAAUGUCUCACAGUACCAGGGCCGGACUGGGGAUACAAAUCAGACCUGGAAAAGAAAUCUAUGCCAGCCCCAUAAGUCAUUGUGCCAUAUAUUGCCGUAUGUAAUAUGUAAAGCAAUAUCUUGCCACCCCAGAUGGUUGCGUAAUUAAUAUAUAUAUAUAUAUAUGUAGCUUUCUCUGAUAUAUAAUAUUGGUCCUUUCAGAGUAAAUGUUUAAUUAUACAGUAAGCAUACUCACAUGCAGACUUGGGUGUAGGAACCCCCCAAAAUAUGGGGGGGGACAGCAUAUUUGCUUGCCGGGUAUAUUCUUAUUCAGUAAACUGGGAGUUGUUUAUAACGUUAAAUUUGAAGUGUGUGUGUGUGUGUGUGUGUGUGUGUGUGUGUGUGUGAAAAAUCUCACAACAAAAAAAUAUGCAAAAGGAACAGUUCUGUAUUUAUCUGGUCACAGAAAUUAACCAAACGUUUGGCAUAUAUUUCAGUUAUUCCACUUAAAACUAGUGGUAAUAAUACUUUAAGUAAUGCACUAUUGCCUGAUUUUAACAAAACAAAAGAUCUUGUAUAAAUACAAUUAAAUACUAUAACUAUAUAAAUAGAACCAAUAUUCUCAAAAGAUCUUGUAUAAAUACAAUUAAAUAAUAAACCCACAUGGCAGCAGUAAAAAUAAACUGGUAUAGCAGCAGUAAAAAUAAACUGGUAUAGCAGCAGUAAAAAUAAACUGGUAUAGCAGCAGUAAAAAUAAACCGGUAUAGCAGCAGUAAAAAUUAACCGGUAUAGCAGCAGUAAAAAUAAACUGGUAUAGCAGCAGUAAAAAUAAACCCACAUGGCAGCAGUAAAAAUUAACCGGUAUAGCAGCAGUAAAAAUAAACUGGUAUAGCAGCAGUAAAAAUAAACCCACAUGGCAUCAGUAAAAAUUAACCAGUAUAGCAGCAGUAAAAAUAAAUGGGUAUAGCCGCAGUAAAAUAAACUGGUAUAGCAGCAGUAAAAAUAAACCCACAUGGCAUCAGUAAAAAUUAACCAGUAUAGCAGCAUUAAAAAUAAAUGGGUAUAGCAGCAGUAAAAUAAACUGGUAUAGCAGCAGUAAAAAUAAACUGGUAUAGCAGCAGUAAAAAUAAACUGGUAUAGCAGCAGUAAAAAUAAACCCACAUGGCAGCAGUAGAAAUUAACCGGUAUAGCAGCAGUAAAAAUAAACUGGUAUAGCAGCAGUAAAAAUAAACCCACAUGGCAUCAGUAAAAAUUAACCAGUAUAGCAGCAGUAAAAAUAAAUGGGUAUAGCCGCAGUAAAAUAAACUGGUAUAGCAGCAGUAAAAAUAAACCCACAUGGCAUCAGUAAAAAUUAACCAGUAUAGCAGCAUUAAAAAUAAAUGGGUAUAGCAGCAGUAAAAUAAACUGGUAUAGCAGCAGUAAAAUAAACUGGUAUAGCAGCAGUAAAAAUAAACUGGUAUAGCAGCAGUAAAAAUAAACCCACGUGGCAUCAGUAAAAAUUAACCGGUAUAACAGCAGUAAAAAUAAACUGGUAUAGCAGUAGUAAAAAUUAACCGGUAUAGCAGUAGUAAAAAUAAACUGACAUAUAGUAUUAGUAAAAAUAAACCCACACGGCAUUAGUAAAAAUAAACCGGUAUAGCAUUAGUAAAAAUAAACCAACAUAUAGCAUUAGUAAAAAUAAACCCACAUGGCAUUAUUAAAAAUAAACCGGUAUAGCAGCAGUAAAAAUAAACCGACAUAUAGCAUUAGUAAAAAUAAACCCACAUGGCAUUAGUAAAAAUUAACCGGUAUAGUAGCAGUAAAAAUAAACUGGUAUAGCAUUACUAAAAAAACAAAGUAUGGGCUAAACUGCAUUGUGUUUUACAGUCACAGGGGAAAAAAUGCUAUAUAAUGUUUUUUUUUUUUAUAUUUCAUGUCAUUAAUAUUUAUGGCUUUUGUGACUUAAUGACAUGAUCAUCACUCACUGUCUGACUGACAGCAAUGUUAGAAUAGGGGCCACUAGUCUUGAGAAGCAACAGGAAUUACCAUGCUACAUAAAACAGUAUAUUAUUGCUAAUGCUACAUAAAACAUUUUAUUAUUGCUAAUAUUUACACAUUAUUAAUUAACACAGCAUUAUCAACAUUACUUACCCAGGCUGUGUCUCUGUGGUCCCAGCGGUGCACACAGCAGCCAGCAGCUUUGAUUGAAGGUUCCUCCCUGACAGGCUGCCACUGGAGUCCAGAAAUGUGCGUCCUCCUGCUCCUGCAGCACAUUCCGCCCAUGCCACAUUGAAACAGGAAGGAGACCCCGGAGUGCCGAUCACGCUGUUCGUGUAACUAACAGGUUAGCUACACUGGUGCAUUCGGAAGCCGAAUGCACCGAAAUGUUACCAGCGUUAUCAGCACUCCUAGUGCACUCCUCCUAGUCCUAACCUGGGGGCGAUUUCACCAUAUCUGUCCCCCCGCAUUAUUUCCUGGGGGGGAUCCAUCCCCCCCGCUUCCUACGCCCAUGCAUGCAGACACAGACAAUCUCACUGACAGACACAAGCUCAUUGAUACGCAGCCUCUAGACAAACAAUGUCAAUGAUAUACAUAAGCUCAUUGGCAUAAAAACACAAGCUCACUCACUAGCAGGCACACACACAUGCAAGCAAGCUCACUCACUAGCAGGCGCACACACAGCUUAAUGUAGUGGUUCUGGUGUCUAUAGCCUGUCCCUGCAGGCUUUUCAAUGUAAACACUCACUUUUCUGAGAAAUGGCAGUGUUUACAUUGCUUCCUAGUGACACCUCUAGUGACAGUCACUCAAACAGUCACUAGAUGUGCUUCCUAUGUCAGUGCUGCACAGUGUGAUUGCACAGUGUGCAGCACCUACAUGCAGGGCCUUUGCAGCCAAUCCUAUGGCAGAGCAUUGGAUUGGCUGAGAUCAUCAAGCUUGAUGAUCUCAGCCAUAGGGGCAGGGCCAGUCGAGGGGAGACCAGCACGGUGUGGGAGAAAAAAAAAAAGGUGAGUAAAAACACUUUUUAAAUACACACAGACACACACAUACACCGUGACAGACACACACAUACACCGUUGCAAGAAAAAGUAUGUGAACCCUUUGGAAUGAUAUGGAUUUCUGCACAAAUUGGUCCUAGAAUGUGAUCUGAUCAUCAUUUAAGUCACAACAAUAGACAAUCACAGUCUGCUUAAACUAAUAACACGCAAAGAAUGAAAUGAUGCCAUGUUUUUAUUGAACACACCAUGUAAACAUUCACAGUGCAGUUGGAAAAAGUAUGUGAACCCUUGGAUUUAAUAACUGGUUGAACCUCCUUUGGCAGCAAUAACUUCAACCAAACGUUUCCUGUAGUUGCAGAUCAGACGUGCACAACGGUCAGGAGUAAUUCUUGACCAUUCCUCUUUACAGAACUGUUUCAGUUCAGCAAUAUUCUUGGGAUGUCUGGUGUGAAUCGCUUUCUUGAGGUCAUGCCACAGCAUCUCAAUCGGGUUGAGGUCAGGACUCUGACUGGGCCACUUCAGAAGGCGUAUUUUCUUCUGUUUAAGCCGGUCUGUUGUUGAUUUACUUCUAUGCUUUGGGUCGUUGCCCAUCUUCUGUUGAGCUUCAGCUGGUAGACAGAUGGCCUUAAGUUCUCCUGCAAAAUGUCUUGAUAAACUUGGGAAUUCAUUUUUCCUUCGAUGAUAGCAAUCCGUCCAGGCCCUGACACAGCAAAGCAGGCCCAAACCAUGAUGCCCCCACCACCAUACUUCACAGUUGGGAUGAGGUUUUAAUGUUGGUGUGCUGUGCCUUUUUUUCGCCACACAUAGUGUUGUGUGUUUCUUCCAAACAACUCAACUUUGGUUUCAUCUGUCCACAGAAUAUUUUGCCAGUACUGCUGUGGAACAUCCAGGUGCUCUUGUGCAAACUGUAAACGUGCAGCAACAUUUUGUUUGGACAGUAGUGGCUUCCUCUGUGGUAUCCUCCCAUGAAAUCCAUUCUUGUUUAGUGUUUUACGUAUUGUAGAUUCGCUAACAGGGAUGUUAGCAUUUGCCAUUGACUUUUGUAAGUCUUUAGCUGACACUCUAGGAUUCUUCUUCACCUCAUUGAGCAGUCUGGGCUGUGCUCUUGCAGUCAUCUUUACAGGACGGCCACUCCUAGGGAGAGUAGCAGCAGUGCUGAACUUUCUCCAUUUAUAGACAAUUUGUCUUACCGUGGACUGAUGAACAGCAAGGCUUUUGGAGAUACUUUUAUAACCCUUUCCAGCUUUAUGCAAGUCAACAAUUCUUAAUCGUAGGUCUUCUGAGAGCUCUUUUGUGCGAGGCAUCAUUCACAUCAGGCAAUGCUUCUUGUGAAAAGCAAACUCAGAACUGGUGUGUGUUUUUCAUAGGGCAGGGCAGCUGUAACCAACACCUCCAAUCUCAUCUCAUUGAUUGGACUCCAGUUGGCUGACAUCUCACUCCAAUUAGCUCUUGGAUAUGUCAUUAGUCUAGGGGUUCACAUACCUUUUCCACCUGCACUGUGAAUGUUUACAUGGUGUGUUCAAUAAAAACAUGGCAACAUUUCAUUCUUUGUGUGUUAUUAGUUUAAGCAGACUGUGAUUGUCUAUUGUUGUGACUUGAUGAUGAUGAUCAGAUCACAUUUUGUGACCAAUUUGUGCAGAAAUCCAUAUAAUUCCAAAGGGUUCACAUACUUUUUCUUGCAACUGUACACAAUGACACAGAUACACACACCAUGACAGACACACAUACACUCACACUGACAGAAUGACACAUAUUACCUGUGGGUGACUGGCUGGGUGUGCUAGUGGCCGCAGGGCGAGCUCUGAUAGCUGCAUAGGGAGGUCUGCUGGCGGCCGCUGGGGGAGCUGGCUCUUCUGGCGGCUGCUGGGGGAACUGGCUGUUCUGUCUCUGCUCCCCUGCCCUCGCGCGCAGCUUAAUGAGAGACCGGAGCAGGAAUAUGACGUUAAAUUCCGGCCCCGGUCUCAUUAAGCUGCGCGCGAGGGCAGGGGAGCAGAGACAGAACAGCUAGCUCCCCCAGUGGCUGCCAGAAGAGCCAGCUCCCCAAGCGGCCGCCAGCAGACCCAGGUGUCUGCCCUGCCCCAGGUGCUGUCGGCCCACCGGGAAAUUUCCCGUUAUCCUGGUGGGCCAGUCCGGCCCUGCACAGUACCCAUGUUGCCUGAUUACACGGUCUGUCAACUCAUAUUUAUGUAAUAUGAGGAGGUAUGGUGACAAGUAUAAAAAAGCCAAUCUGAAACAUUACCUGUCUGUGGUUGCAGCAUGUCACUGAUCCUCCAUGUCAUUAUUGUCUUGCUACUGAUGCCGUGGGUCCUCCCUGCAUUUAUAAUGAUGCAGUAUGCAAUGUCGCGCAUGUGCAUUAGACCUCCCCAUAGGAAAGCAUUGAAAAAUGCUUUCACUGCUUUCCUAUGGGGAUUUCAGUGAUGCUGGAGGUCCUCACAUAGCGUGAGGACGUCCAGCGACGCUAAAGGACGCUUUUCGUCGGGUAUAAACACGGAAGUGCCCUCUAGUGGCUGUCUAGUAGUCAGCCACUAGAGGAGGAGUUAACCCUGCAAGGUAAAUAUUGCAGUUUAUGAAAACUGCAAUAAUUACACUUGCAGGGUUAUGGGUAGUGGGAGUUGGCACCCAGACCACUCCAAUAGGCAGAAGUGGUCUGGAUGCCUGGAGUGUCCCUUUAAUUUUUUAAUGUCUUCAGUCAUGCAUCAUCUUAAUGAUGCAGAGCAUCCUGUGUUAUUGCUAGAACAAUGUGCACACACAUUCUGGGCAUGCAUAUACUCCUGUCAAUCCCACCCACUUGGCUCUGUUGUGGUCUCAAAAGCAUGUUGUUGUAUAUUUUGCUUUCUUUGUAUACUGACCCAGCUCUGUGUCCUCACUUGUUUUAUCUCUGGUUUACCUUGAUUUUUGCUUGAUUAUAUAUUUUAUUAAUUUUUAUACUGUACAGUCUGGCCAUAUCUUUCUUAUAUAUUCCUAUCUGAGGGUAGGUUCAUACUCUGUAUGUUGUGGUUGUAACCGCGGCUGGUUCCCUUAUUAACCACUAUAACGUCUUAAAGCAAAGAACUUAGCAGGGCUAACCAUACAGAUCUUAGCCAUAAUUUUAUAUAAUUAGUAAUAGAUCCUCUAUUUAACAUAAAUAAAUGAGAAUACAAUAUAAAAUAAGGAUUGUCUUGGAAGCAAUAAUGUUUUGUCUUUUAGAUAUUUAUUAUAUAAAAAUAUAAAUAUAGGCAUAUAAAAUCCAUUACAAUAAAUUAUAGCAGAGUUUAAAUGAUUAAACUAAAUGCUUGCAAAUAUCAUUAAUAGAUUAACAUACCCUCCUGAACAUGUCAUCAUGUCAGCCUCUGUCAUUUUAAGAUGGAGCAGCGUCUGUCUCCAAGUCUCUCCUCCGUUUCUUAACAUUUAAAAUUACACCUAUUUAUACCUUAGGUGUCUUCAUUUUAGGGUUACCGUAGUUCAUAUAUGAAAAUGUAACACUUCUUUUACUUUAUUCAUUUUAGGACCUCCCUUAACUUGGCAAAAAUACAAGGCCAUAAAAACUUGAGGGUGCACACGUCAUGGGGAAGUUCCCUGACUUUAGACAAGAUGGCAUCUUAAAGGGAAACUCCAGUGCCAGGAAAACAAUCCGUUUUGAACAUCUGAACAUCUUUAUGGUGUUGCGCAGUGCACACCUGAUUUUGUCCGCCAAUUGGUUGUGCAGGGAAGGGAUGGCUUGCUUGGAAAAGUAGUGACUGCUGGGAACCACAUACUUUGGGACAGCCACCGCUAUCAGGUUUUUAAAACUGUCCGUCUCCACCAGACGGAAUGACAGCAUUUCAGCAUUUGAAAUGCUGGCAUUCAGGGCCAGGGAUUGCUGGUGGGUAGGGGCAUACUCCCUCUUUCUCUCCAGUGUUUGGGAGAUGGACAGCUAAAUGCUUCCAUGGGACAGUGUGGAGAUGCUUGGGGACUUUGGUGGACGUGGUGGCAUUGCUGCCACAUCCUGUUUGUGGGAUGGCAGGUGCCACUGUGACUCCAGAGGUGGAGGAAGAGGCUGAGACCGCAUCAGAAGAGGAAACAGGAGGGGUCUGAGACCUUUCUUGGUUUUUGAGGUGCUUACUCCACUGCAGCUCGUGCUUUGCAUGUAGAUGCCUGGUCAUGCAGGUUUGUGCUCAGGUUUAGCAUGUUUAUGCCUCGCUUCAGGCUCUGGUUGCACAGCGUGCAAACCACUCGUGUCUUGUCAUCAGCACAUUGUCUGAAGAACUUCCAUGACAGGGAACUCCUUGGCGUACUGUCUAGGGAACAGCCGCUCCGCUUUUGCACUGUGCUCUCACUUAUGCUGUGCUAGUGCCUCUGUGCGACCACCGCCUCUUCCUCCAAACUGGACACGUCACUCACAUGACCUUGAUUCCAUGUGGGGUCUAGGACCUCAUCAUCCUCCACAUUAUCCUCCACAUCAUCUUCCACCAACUCCUCAACCCUCCUUGCCGGUCUGCACACUGCAGAAAGCCACAGCAGUUGGCACCUGUGUUUCGUCAUCAUCAGAGAUGUGCUGUGGUGGUCCUCGCAUGUCCACAUCCUGACACAUAAGUGGUUGUGCAAGGCUAGGUGGAUGGCCCACGGAAACCCCACCAGCAGGGUCAUCAAAAAUCAUAAGAGACUGCUGCAUGACUUGUGGCUUAUACUGCUUGGCUGAUUUGCAAGGGGGUGAGGUGAAAGACAGAUGGCCAUGGGCUGCAGGUGCCAACUCUGACUUUCAGCAGGGGACCGGUUGGGAGGCAAUGUGAAGGAACUGGAGGCACUGUCAGCCACCCAAUCUACUAUCGCCUGCACUUGUUCUGGUCUCACCAUUCGUAGAGCGGCAUUCGGGCCUACCAAAUAACGUAAGGUGUUUCACUUGUGCGUGUAGCUGGCACAGAUCGACCACGUCCUCUCCUUGCAACAGGAGCUCCACCAACACCAGCAGCACCACGGCCAGAGCCAGGUCCCGUUUUUGACGCUCUCCUCAUUCUUUGCGUUCACCCACCAAAAUAACAGAUGGUUUAUGUCAGGCGACAAUGUAACCGCCAAUAGUCCAGUUUUUUGUUUGUUUUUUAGUUUAUUGGACUGCAAGAAAUGCACCGCAGGCCGCAAAUGUACUACUUAGCACCAACAAAAAUUAGUAUUUUUUAAAGUGCGAUGUAACCACAGUAUUUAACGGUUCUAUUUGACUCUCUGAUAUGAAGUGCUCCGCAGGCCGCAAAUGUACUAAUUAGCACCAAAAAAAUUGAAUAUUUAAAACUGCUAUGUCACAGCAGUAUUUGACGGUUCUAUUUGACUCUCAGAUAUGAAGUGCAGGCCCCAAAUGUACUAUUUAGCACCAAAGAAAUGUGAAUUUGUCAAACUGCAAUGUCACAGCAGUAUUUGACGGUUCUAUUUGACUCUCAGAUAUGAAGUGCAUGCCACAAAUGUACUUUUUAGCACCAAACAAAUAUGAAUUGGUCAAACUGCGAUGUAACAACAGUAUUUGACUCUCAGAUAUGAAGUGCACCGCAGGCCGCAUAUGUACUAUUAAGCACAAAAAAGUGAUUUUUUUUUUUUGUUUUUUUUUGUUUUUUUAACCAACAAUGUAACAGUAGUAUUUAGGGGUUUUAUUAGUCUGCAAGAAAUGCAGUAUUCAAAUGUACUAUUUAGCACCAAAAAAAUUGCAGUAUUUAAAAAUGCCUAGAUGUUGCCCACUGAGCUACCAAAACAGGAUUAAAGUAUUGUGCCUGGCACACAUGCAGCUGGCACACACUCUAUGUGGCAGUGGGCUCAGGGCAGGGUACAAAAAUGUAGUAUAGCACCCACUAAAAUAAUCGCUGUAGUUUUCACAUUCAACAUCAGAAUUCUUUCCUAAGCUGUCCCGUGUGGCGCUACGUGACUCCAGCUUAUAUAUAGAGGCUGGGUCACAUGCUGCACUGGCCAAUCACAGCCGGGCACACGAGUCAAACGCUUGUUGAUUGGCUGCCCUGCAGCCUUUCAAAACGCGCCAUUAAAUCGCCUAACACCGAACUCAAACCCGAACAUACACUGAAAUGUCAGUGUUCGGGUCCGGGGUCCAAAAACCGUAAUGUUCCGUAUGAACCCGAACUUUGCAGUUCGGGUUCCCUCAACUCUAAUUCUUGACAAUGAAUCUGAACUCCAAAGAACUUUCUUUGUUGUGAGCAGCUGCACACAAUGGUUUGUAUCCUUUCUGGUCACCUAAGAAAGUCUACUUCUAAAAUGUAUGUUCUCUUUAAAGUACCCAACAAACAUCUUUUUAAGUCUGACAACUUGUUACUUUUUUGAAUUAUUCCACAGUAAAAAUAUAUUUUGUUCUCUAACUCAAGUGUAUCCUUGAUCUAAAACUUAAUUUUCUAUGUGUGGGGCAAUGACCUAGGCUUCUGCUAGUAGCACAGGGCUUCAGAUGUUAAGUCCAGCUUUUAUUAUCACAUUUGUAUCUGUAUAUUGAAUAUUCAAUCAUAAUGCAAGCAUCUAUGGCACACCCUUCUUUGUUACAUCAUUUUGAAAAUGAGUGCUUGUAGUGCUUUUUAGAUUAGUUAAAUAUCACUGAACUCACUCUCUUAAUUUGUUCUCUGUCUUACAGAUCAGAAUGACCCCUGAAAUCCACUUAAAGUUAGCCUCAUUUGGUAUUUACAGGUAUCAUUAUUUGUCUCGAAUUAUUGUUUUUAUAUAUACACUACAUGUACAAAGGUAUUGGGUCACCUGACCAUUACACCAACAGGGACCUUUAUGACAUUGCAUUUUAAAUACAUAGAUAUUUAUAUGUAGCUGUGAAAGGGGGGAGAAAAGGGAGAGGGGAGAAUCCAAAGGUGGUGCUGAAUAUUAGGAUUGUCAGUAGUAAAUUUUAAACAAGUUGUCACCUUGUCUCUGCCCAUGGCAAUGGGCAAAACAGUAUGACCAGAAAUGACAUGCAGUGGCUUGAGGUUGGCUUUAGUGAUGGAACCCCAAGUGUAUGUUUUACCAGAAAGAUCAACAGGUGGUUGCCUUAUGGCACACUGGCAGCAGUGUGGUGGGGUGGGGGCACAUUGAGUAUACUAUUUUUCUCCAUCAAAAUCAGAAACAUAUUAAAUAAAUUUAAAACAAUAGUAUCUUGAUGGUCUGCACCUCCACCUUGUGCAGAUCAUAUUAAUUCCUUCCUUGAGGUUUAAGCAUUUAGUGAGGGAUUGUACUUUGAGAAUACAGGCUUAACAAGGUUUGCCAUCACUGGUCUAGAUUGAAUAUAAUAAGCAUAUUGGAACGUUUCUAAGUCAAGCCCUGAAAGGACACAAAGGGAAGGAGCUGUAAUAGAUAAAUAUAGGAGUAGAAUAAAUCUGCAAUGGCCAGGUCUGGGAAAUUGGUUAACUAUUGCAAGGAUCCAGUUUUGAUAAGUUCCCAAUCAGAAAUGUAUCUAUUUAGGAAAUAAAGUCAUGAAAUCAAGUAGGUGGGAUUGGUGGUUGAGCAAAUUAUAUAGCCAAUAGAAUUGUCCCAGUUGUGGAAAGAUAGAGGAUACCGCACUCACCAGGCAACCAAGGAUCUGAAGAUGGCCAAACCCCAAUACUAGAUAUGUAAAUUAAAUAAUGGUCCAUGCACUCAAGGUAGUAGCCAAAAUAGCAGCUUAAUUGAAGCAAACAGCAAUGCUUUGAUCGAGCUGGGUCUUUAUGAAACUGCUAUUUUUACCUGAGCAACUAUUUUAUUUUACAUAAAUAGAAUUGUCCCAGACUGCAUCUGUGAAAUUUGCUAGGAUAGAUAUGAGUGAAGUUGGAAAUAGGCAAACCAAGGAAGUGGAAAGUCCAAGUAUGGUCCCCUAAUGGUUGCCCAGCGGAGUACAAAUUUUGUAGAACAUUUUAUAUAAUAAUGUAAGUAAUUUUUAUUACAUUUGUACCAUUUAGUGAAUGGGUAGAUUGAAGAACCAGCUAAAAAAGUGAAGUUGUCUGUAAGUGGUAAAAAUAAUGAUAGAGCAGGGUGAGUUUGCACUUUUUCCCCUACAUAUUUCCAGGGCCUGGCCAUUGCAUUUUAUUCAAUGUGAAAAUGCAGCUGAAUACAAGGAUAAUGCCACCAGGGAAAGUAAGGAAAUGGGAGAGGCCAGGUGGGUUAACAUAGAAACAUAGAUUUUAUAGAUUUAAAGUAGAGAAGCAACUUUCCAGUAAGUGAAUCAAUAUUAUUGCUUGUAUGUAUAUAGGCCCCCCAUGAGAAAUGGAAGAAAAACAUUUUGUUUCUUUAAUGGUGGAAUAAAUACUUUGUAGUCUCAUAUCACAAAUGUUUUGUAUUUAGGCUUGGAAAACCAGAGGAAUGUAGUGGCAUUGUCUCAUUUCUAUGUUCUGAAGAUGCGAGUUACAUCAACGGAGAAAAUAUUGGUGUGACGGGUGGCACGGUUGGACGACUAUAGAUGGUUUUUCUCGUUAAUGAGCUGGUCUACAAGAAAAGGAACA